AUGCCUCAUUACUCUCAGCCCGCUGCUGCCAACUACAACACCCCUCCUACCCACCAUCAAAAGGCCCGCGGCUAUCGUAUGUGUGACCAGUGUCGUGCUGUCGAGUCCCCUGCUGGUCCUAAGUUUCGGCUGUGCGGAGGCUGCCUCGUAACACAAUACUGCUCUCCGGAAUGCCAGAAGAUCCAUUGGCCUACCCACAAACCCAUAUGUCAGCAUACCGCCGGUCAAAUAUCUUCCACGAAGCAGGCUGCUGCCGCAUAUGGCGACGAAAACAUUGCCCGUAAUCUAAGGAAGUUCACUUCCGCCCACAGUGCUUUGCUAGGAUGGGCUGGGUUCCAAGCGCUUCAGCUAAAGCGACUUCCAUCUAAUAUCCGACAAAGCUGCCUCCUACUCGAACUUUCCCCCCGGAGCCACAGUGAGUCACAUCGUCGGUUCUCCGUUUCCAACGCUCACAUCGUCCCACGGUCGUAUAUCCGCGACCCCCUCGUGAUAUCCGAUAUCCAGCGACGAGAAGACCGCUGUCGUCACGGCGGGGGUAUUGGCUGUCUUGUGGUCAUCAUCCAAUGCGGCGGUGUCAGUCAAGUGAUGCCUGUCGAAGUCGACCCUCCUUCGAAAAUAUCUUGGGAUACGCGAGGGGACUGGUUAGACACGGUUAACCAUUUCGUCGAGUCGGGCAGGACAGAUUUCCAGCCGAUAUCAACAACAUCCCGAGGGUGAGCUUUCUUUCUGCUGCUGUCUUGAUGCGAAAUUCAUCAAUGAUGCAGGGUGUAUUAUGGUUGAACCACGAGCAUUCUCUUCCGCAGCUUUCGUUUCGUUUCGUUUUCGGCGUCUAGAUUCACCACAGCGCCUUUUCAUGUCACAUGUGCCCAUCGACGCAUUUGCCUUGUAUUAUCAUCAUGACGCGGGCGGCUAUCCUACUCAUGGGCCUUGUUGUUUAUUUAUUCUCAUUUCGGCCUCGUUUGCAUGUAUACCCCCAGUCAUCGUUUCGCUUUCGCAUUCACUGUACUGUUGUCUUAUUAGUUCCAUUUCAAAUCACGAUUCACAGAGUCGCAUAGAUCUGAUAGGUGUCAUGAUAAGUCCACGAUUAGAGGCAAUCGUACCAUGUUGCGGUGAAGUUUACUCGACAAGAUUGGUAGCGAGACCAAAACGAGGCUGAAAAUUU